AUGGCCUUCAUACAGGCUAUUCAUAUGAAUCCAGGACAAGGCGAAACAAGCUAUGCACGCAACUCCAGUUUUCAGAAUGCUGGGCAGAAGAGGAUGAAGCCUCUAAUAGAGGCGGCCAUCACUGACUUAUGCAGCAACACCAACACCUUGUUGCAUGGAAAGAUGAUGAUCAUGGACGCGGGCUGCUCCUCUGGCCCAAAUGCGCUAGCACUCAUAUCACCUGCCAUCGACGCCAUCCACAACCACUGCCUUCAGAUAAACCAACCACCACCGGAAGUGUGUGUGCUACUAAACGACUUGCCUGACAACGACUUCAAGACGGUGGUGAAGAGCUUGGUCACGCUCCGUCAAAGCAAGAAGACUAUUGUUGUGACUGGUGUCGCACCGGGGUCGUUUUACGAGCGACUGUUCACUAGUGACUCCUUGCAUCUUGUCUGCUCGUCCAACAGCUUGCAUUGGCUCUCAAAGGCUCCUGAAGAUCUAACAAGGAAUCACAUCCCAGCAUUCGACAUUGAUGAACAUGCUAGGCGUGAAAGGCUCCCUAUGGUCCGCGAGGCCUAUGCACAACAAUUCAGGAAAGAUUUCUCACUUUUCUUGGAGCUGAGAGCCAAGGAAUUGGUCUCAGGAGGCCGAAUGGUUAUUUCCCUGGUAGGGACGUGUUCUAACGCAAUUGCCUCCAAAUUCAUUCUUUUCCCAGGAAUUGUAGCUCAGAUCCUAAGUGUCCUGGUCACAGAGGGUGUGAUCGACAAAGCAAAGUUUGAUUCUUUCUAUGUGCCGUUGUAUGGACCUUCCAGCGAAGAGCUGAGGGAGAUCAUCGAGGCAGAAGGCUCCUUUUCGAUCAGGGAGAUGCGGGUGCACGACCCUAGAACAGACAUGACCACCACCCUGAGCACCCCAGCCAGGUUUGUGAACAAUCUAAGAGCCUUAUUUGAGCCGAUAAUAGUCCAGCAUUUCGGAAAGGUUAUGGAUGAAUUUGCGAUGGCCGCGGAGCUGUAUUGGAGCCUAGAUGCUAGCUUGCAAGAGGAGCGUGCCAGAACAUCUCGAACUAUGCUGGCUGUAUCCCUCGCAAAGGCAUGA